AUAACACUCGUAUUGGUCAGAUAUGUUUCAUGUUCUCCGAUGAUCAGCUGACCCAUGUUCUCCGAACAGAUCCAAUCAUCAUGGAGACGCUGAGGGAACUGGUUCCCUUCAUCAGAGAGGUGCUGAGCCAGAAGCCGAGCCGUGGUCUGCUGAAGGUCUAUCUGGUGGGCUCGGUCCUGGCCGUCCUGGGCUUAGUUUUAGGGCUGCUGGAGCUGGUGUUUCAGCCCUUCAGCUCUGAAGACCUGGAGAUGACCCGACAGGACAAACACAAACUCUCUGAAACCACGCUCAGAAGCUCUGCUAACCGGAUACACGCCUUCUAAACUCACUCCAGACCCGUCCCGCGGGAGACCAGGUCUGAGGUGGUCUGAGUGAGGUUUCAGCAUGUUUACACAUCACUGUGAGCUCUGUGAGAGAGCAUCUGUGAUACAGACUGUGUAUAAACACCACUUCAGUGUUUUGUAUUUAGAGAUGCACAAUGCAAUGCAUUUUUCAGAUGCAAGUGUUUACAUUAUGUUUUAUUAACUUGAUAUUUAUUUUCAAUCCAACAAAGGACUUAGAACAUUAACAGUAUAACAGAACAUGCACAUUUAUCUCGUUUUUAUUUUGUAA